AUCUGCCCACAGGUUGGGAGGAAGCAUAUACUUUUGAAGGUGCAAGAUACUACAUAAAUCACAAUGAACGAAAAGUGACCUGCAAGCAUCCAGUCACAGGACAGCCAUCACAGGACAAUUGCAUAUUUGUUGUGAAUGAACAGACUGCAGCAACUAUGACUUCAGAAGAAAAGAAAGAGCGGCCAUUAAACAUGGCAUCUGAAGCUGUGCACUAUAAUUUGACAUCAGAUUACACUGCACAUCCAAUGAGUCCUCUGGGCAGA